GACCCCUCAAAGAAAAUAAAUCUUACACAUUGAGAAAAAACACACCAGCAACUUUGCACUUUGGAAAACACUGCAGAAGAAAAGAAAAUAUGGCCGAAAAUAUUUACGACGAAAUCGAGAUCGAAGACAUGACUUAUGAUCCAGUCCUACAAAUCUAUCAUUAUCCAUGUCCAUGUGGCGAUCGAUUUGAAAUCGGUAUUGCUGAUUUGAGAGAUGGCGAAGACAUUGGAGUCUGCCCAAGUUGUAGUUUGAUGAUCAAAGUCAUUUUUGAAGUGGAUGAUUUACCAAAGCCGGAAGGAGAUCAAGGAGGUUCUCAGGUGACGAUUGCGACUUGAGUAGAGUGAGGAUCCGAGGAUAUAUAUAUAUAUACAUAUAUCAUGCAUCGAAUCGACAAAAGAGAUUUUGUCAGUGAGUAGGACAACUGAGGGGUACGUGAAAGUGAGGAUGGGAAUACUUUCCAAAACAAAAUUCGCGCCCAACGACGAGCGUCCAGUCCAGCGUCAUUCUGCGAAGAAACAUUACCGCAAGAAUAGAACCAGAUUUGAUCAAGCCGAGGUCACAGGUGGCAAGAAGUAAAGAGAAUUAGAUCUUCUGGAGAAUCUAUAGUGUGUCUACAAUGAGCAGAUAGUCAGAAAUUCAGACUGUUAAUUGUCA